AUGCUGUCGAGCGGGGGAGACCAGACUGGUCCCAGCCAUGGAACCAAGAGCCAUGCCGGCUUCGAUGAUGAGCCGACUGGCUGGUGUAAAUCAGAUCCGAGGUCGAAGUCUUCUCUGGACUUGGAUAAUGGACUACAAGACCGCGCAUUCAUCGGCUUCGAGCUUACACGGAUUUACCAAAUACGCCACACAAGCUUCAUGAUGAAUGUUCUUUUCCACUCCGGCUACGAGGGCGUCCUCGUUUACGGCCUUGGCCUUGUCUGCGGCAUUGCCGUCCAUCAGGGAAUAUUCAUUCACGGCGAAUGGCACGUACAGGCGCCUCAGAUUUUCCUGGGUCAUUUGUGGCUCUUCUCUUGCUUUGCCGGUCUGAGCAGAUACUACAGUGACACUGCCAUCGGAAAGCUCUGUCAGUCUCUGCUGGUUCUUUCUGCCGGAUAUCUCCCCGGGCUUUUUGCCAGCAUCAUCUCAUACAGAGUCUUUUUCCAUCGUCUCAGCACCGCCGGCUUCAAGGGCCCGUGGUACGCCCGAGUCACGAAGCUUUGGCACGUCUGGGCGUGUCGAGACUGCAAGAACCAUUUGGUCUUGGAGAAGUUGCAUGAGCAAUAUGGUGAUUUCGUGAGGACUGGACCGAGCGAGAUCACCGUCUUCCAUCCAGGAGUCUUCAUGGCCGUGGACGGUCCUCGGUCUGAGUGCAUCAAGGCCGAGUGGUAUGACAUCUUGCACCCCGACAGAGCACUUGUCACGACACGCGUCAAGCCCAUCCACGCAGCUAGACGCCGUGAAUGGAACCGCGGGUUCUCGGCACAAGCCCUUGUCCAGCACGAGUCAAAGAUUCUCAAGUAUAUUGAGCAGCUAGAUCUGUGCAUUGAGGCCGAUGCCAAAGCGCACGUCGCUUCUGAGGUCCGCAACCUGUUCUUCUGGUUCGGGUUCGACGUCAUGGGCGAUUUCGUCUUCAGCAAGUCCUUCGACAUGCUGCACCAGCAACAAUGGCACCACAUCAUUGUGCGGCUGCAGCGUGCUCUGUCCCUUCUGGGGCCUUUCAGCCCGGCUCCGUGGCUCAUACAGGUUGGCUUCAAACUCGGCCCACGGGUCGGCGUUCUCAAGGACUGGUUCGACAUGGUCGCCUGGUGCGAGCGGCAGAUGCGUGUGAGACUGGACGCCGAGACCCCGAAGCCAGCCAUGCCAGAUCUCGCUCACUACUUGAUGGAGCUGGACGACGGCCAGACGGAGCAGAAGGACCGCUUGACAUGGCUUUUCGGUGACAGUUUGCUUGCCAUUGUGGCCGGGAGUGAGCCUACGGCCGCCGCUUUCAUCGGCAUCUUCUGCGAGCUGGCGAAGCAUCCGGAGCACGCCGACAUGAUCCAUGAGGAGCUCAAAGACGUCGAUGCAACCAACAUCAAGACCCUCACAGGCCUUCCCCAUCUCAACGCCGUCAUCAACGAGGGUCUCCGUCUGUACCCAGCACUCCUCACAGGCGGGGCCAGGAAGACGACGGAGAACGGGGCCACGAUCGGUGGAACCUUCAUCCCGCCUCACACGACAAUCAUUGCCCCGCGUCACGUUAUAUCCCGGAGAGAGGACUGCUUCGAGCGGGCCAACGAGUUCAUCCCCGAGAGAUGGACCACCCGUCCGGAGAUGGUCCGCAAUGCGGCGGCUUCUGCGCCAUUCGGAACAGGUCACCACAGCUGUCUUGGUCGCUUCCUUGCCACGGACACAAUGAGGUUUGUUGUUGCCAGGCUGGUCAGCAAGUACCGCUUCCGCCUCGCACCGGGGGAGACGGGUUGCCGUGUGUUUGACGACAUCAGGGACCAGUUCACAUCCAAUCCGGGCCCCUUGUCGUUGUGUUUCGAAUUGAGAUGA